AUGAACCCGAACAGGCCUUAUGUCAAAAUCGCAGGAGUUGAUGAUGAUUAUGCAUUGUCUACUUCUGGAAACGCUCAAGAUGUCUUUUCAGAAGAUCGUGUUCGAGCUGAGGUAGGAGAAUUAUUAACAACUAUGAAAAAUACGAUCCUUAUAAAAUACUUGUCGACGCUGCUCGUUCAUCCAUUAGAGAUUUCGAAAACAAUUUGUCAAGUGCAACGUUACAAUCUUAAGAAAAAGAAAAAACAGGAUCUUAAGGCUCGUGAUACCGAUGGAGUCGAAGACGAGGAUGAAGAUGAAGAAGAGCAAUACGAAGAAAACGAUACGGAGACGAAUGAUAUGGAAGAGCAUGACUUUGACGACAUGAGAUCAUAUUUUGAAACAAAUGUAACUUCGCUUGACGUGGCUCAACAGGCUUCACGGUCAGUAAUUACUGAUAGUACUGGUUAUGCCGUUGAAAAUAAAUCUCGUUCUGUGGAAUCAUGGCAGAUAUCACCGAAACCGUUCUCGAUAAAGAGUAUCCUAUCGUGUCUUUGGUCAAAAGAAGGCAUUCGUGGUCUGUGGAAGGGCCACUUGACAUCUUUUCUUCACAGUUUAUUAUCAAUGAGUAUUGAAGGAUGGAUUUCCGGAACAAUCUCUGGACUCUUUUCACUUCCAAAUCCACUUAUUAUACCCCCAGCCGAUUCCAUACGACCUUUUACCAGUUUGGCUAUUCGGCUCUGUUCUUCAGUAACCACCGCUUUGCUUUUAGCACCACUGGAUAUUGCUCGGACGCUGUUAAUAUUAAUGCCCCUGUCCGCUAGACGGCUAGUCGGAACAACGAAAGAGGGCGCACCCGUGGUAACGAAAAUUGGACUCAUACAGUGCUUACGACGCCUGCCUAGCUUUUGCCCGGGCUCUCUUAUACUUCCCACCGCUUUACAUUCUUCUUUACCUCUCUUUAUGUCUCAGAUACUUCCUGUAAGCUUGCGUAAUUACGUGAGUCUCUCAAGCUUGACUAUGAACCUUGUAACUUCAGCAUCUUCAGUCCUUCAGUUUGCUGUUCAACUUCCCCUUGAGACAGUUUUAAGACGCGCCCAAGCAAACGUCAUCUACUCACUUCCUCCUCAACGUAUCGUUCCUCUUGCAAAGUACACCGGUAUCACCGGAACCAUAUGGUCACUUCUUUGUGAGGAAGACGGUGGAAAGCUUGGCAUAGAAGGCCUGUAUCGUGGUUGGAGAGUUGGUUUUUGGGGAGCUACAAGUGUAUGGACCCUUGGGCUACUUACUGCUCCUGUUACGCAGCCCGUAGCAGUUGAGUUUUAA